AUGCUGUCUUUUGUCAAUUUAGGCUUGGGUUUUUUCAUCGAUGUUUGCAUUUUGCUGUAUCCGCUGUUUGUCGAGAGCCGUAAACUGCCGAACGACAUCUUUAUUCCCGCAAUAAACGUCCUCGAUUCGCCUUAUUAUGAAAUGCUUUACGCCAUCCAGGCUCUGUGGUUAGUUCCUGCCAACUGCAUGUACGUUCCAUUCAGCAACCUUUUCUUCUCUGCCACCCUGUUUGGCUUAGUACAGAUUAAAACAUUGCAACAUAAGCUGACAACACUCAAGACUAAUGCUUUCGGAAAGGAUGCCGACAAUUUGAGCUCCGCAGUGAAUGAACUUAUCGAAGAACAUUUGCGGAUUAUAGACUACGUAAAAGAAUUUAAUUCACUGUUCACUUACACUUGUUUCAUAGAGUUUAUAUUGUUUGGAAUUAUGUGUCCGGUACUUUGUUCCAUAUAAUUACGGUAUUUACAGGAAACCGAUUCGCAAAGCCAAAUAGUAAUCGCCAUAAUUUAUGUCCUUGCAAUACUUUUUGAGGUUUUCCUUGUUUACUGGCACGCAAAUGAAGUUCGCGAAGAAAGUGUAAAAAUCGCCGAGGCUGCCUAUAACGGACCGUGGAUUGAAAUGGAUAAUUCGGUUAAAAAGAAGCUCCUGCUGAUUAGCCUCAGAGCCCAGCGUCCGUUGGAGAUUAAGCUAGGCAAUAUUUUUCCGAUGACACUGGAGAUGUUUCAAUCGCUGCUGAAUACAUCCUACUCAUAUUGUACUCUGCUGAGACGUGUUAAUAACUAA